AAGGCAGGCCUGGCUGGGCCAGGCUUGGAGGAAGGCUUUGGAACAGGAGCAGGGAACAGCGUAGGCUUGGUUGUACUUGUAUUUCAGUGAUGCCUACCCUUUCGGUGUUCAUGGAUGUGCCCCUAGCCCAGAAGCUAGAAGGCAGCUUGUUAAAGACCUACAAGCAAGACAAUUGUCCUAACAAGAUUUUCCUGGCCUUCAGAGUCUGCAUGACCAGCGAGGGCCAUCCCUGGGUGUCUUCCGUGGUGCCCAAGAUCCGACUGCAGAUCGCGUAUGAUCCCUCUCUGAACUACGAGUAUGUGCCCGUGAAGGGCAUGAAAUCAUUCACUGAGGCCUCCUUGAAGCUCCUCUUUGGAAAGCACAGCCAAGCCAUUGUGGAGAACAGGGUAGGGGGUGUGCACACUGUUGGUGACAAUGGAGCCUUCCAACUUGGGGCCCAGUUCCUCAAAAUCUGGUGUAAGGAUUCUCAAAUAGUUUACAUUAUUUCUUCCCAAAAAGAACCCUAUGGACUCGUCUUCCAGGACAUGGGCUUUACAGUCUGUGAAUACUCCUUCUGGGACUCCAAGCAGCUGUGCGUGGACUCCAACGUGCUCCUCGAUGUGGUGGAGCAGGCCCCACAUGGCUGUAUCUUUGUGAUUGGGAACAUUGGUGACUGCAACUUGACACAAAGUCAGUGGGCAAGGUUGAUGGCCAACAUGAAGAGCAAGCAGAUAUUCCCAUUUUUUGACAUUCCCAAUCAAGGUUUAUCCACUGGGGACUUGGAAGAAGAUACUGGAUUCUUAGAGUACUUUGUGUCUCAAGGCUUUGAGUUCUUCUGCAGCCAGUCUCUGUCCAAGACUUUUGGCAUCUAUGAUGAAGGAGUUGGGAUCCUGGUCGUGGUAGCACUCAACAACCAGCUCCUGCUAUGUGUCCUCUCCCAACUGAUGAAACUCACCCAGGCCCUGUGGCUAAACCCUCCUACUAUGGGGGCUCGCAUUAUCACCUCUGUCCUCUGUAAUCCUGCUCUUCAGGAAGAAUGGAAGCAGAGCCUGAAAGGGCUUGUAGAGAACAUCAUGCUGAUCAAGGAAAAGGUGAAGGAGAAGCUCCGGCUCCUGGGAACCCCUGGUUCCUGGGAUCAUAUCACAGACCAGAAUGGGCCCCAUAGUUAUCUUGGACUCAACUCCCAACAGGUGGAAUACCUGGUCAAGAAAAAGCAUAUCUACCUCCCCAAGAAUGGUCGGAUCAACUUCACCUGUAUCAAUGCCUGCAACAUAGAUUAUAUCACUCAGAGCAUCAAUGAGGCUGUCCUCUCCACCAAGGGCUCAGAGUAGCAGCUGCAGAAAAUUGAUGACUCCCGGUCAGAAUAAAAAGCUUUAGUCUUUGCAAAA